UGAUAACCGGCGAUUCCCACGCAGCGUCACGUGGCGACGUGGUGUAGUGGCGUCAGCAGCAGCGGCAGCAGCUCGCGACCCAGUUGUUCUCAGUCCGAGCUGGAGGAGGAGGAGGGAGAGCUGACGGUAGCUGCUGUGAAAUAAACACAUUAAAGAUUGUUCCAGCAGCAGAGUGAGCCUUUUCCCCCCACACCAUGUCUCAGGACAAGAGUGGAUACCCAAUCAUGGGUGAGGCCAACCCACUUCACAACAAUGUCUAUGGACCCCCUCAGCCAGGUUUCGGCAUGCCCCCUCCCAACUACAGCCAAGCCCCAGGGGGACCGUAUCCACCAGCAGCCGGGUAUGGACAGCCAGGCUUCCCCCAGGCAGGCCCAGGUUUCGCACCGGGCCCCUACCCUCAGAUGCCUUACCCUCAGAUGCCCUACCCACAGGGACCCUACCCCCAGGGGCCUUAUCAGCAGGGACACGCACAGCCAGGCUUUCCCGGCGACCCUAUCGGUCCUGCUGACAGCCCUGGUUACCAUGGUGAUGGGCCUCCAUCUUACUAUGACAACGAAGAGUUUACCAACUCUGGCUUUGAGGACAAGAGCAUCCGACAAGCCUUCAUCAGAAAAGUCUUCUCGGUACUCACAGUGCAGCUGAUGGUCACUUUCUCCUUCGUAGCCGUCUUCACUUUUGUCGACGAGGCCAAGUACUUUGUGAGACGUAAUCCGUGGACAUACUACGUGUCCUACGCAGUCUUCUUCGUGUCUCUGAUCGUCCUCAGCUGCUGUGGAGAUUUCCGCCGCAAGCACCCCUGGAACUUGGUUGCACUGUCCAUCCUGACCCUCAGCCUCUCCUACAUGGUGGGCAUGAUCGCCAGCUUCUAUGACACCGAGACUGUCAUCAUGGCUGUGGGCAUCACCGCAGUGGUCUGCUUUACCGUCGUCCUCUUCUCACUACAGAGCAAGUACGACUUCACUUCCUGUCGAGGCGUGCUGUUCGUGUGCCUCAUCGUGCUGUUGCUCUUCUCCAUUCUCUGCAUCUUCUUCCGCAACAGGAUCUUGCACAUCGUCUACGCGUCACUGGGGGCUCUGCUCUUCACCUGCUUUUUGGCUGUGGACACUCAGCUUCUUCUGGGCAACAAGAAGCUGGCCCUGAGUCCAGAGGAGUACAUUUUUGCUGCCCUCAACCUCUACACCGACAUCAUCAACAUUUUCCUUUACAUCCUGGCUAUCGUGGGCCGCUCCCGUGAAUGAGCCUGACCUCAAAAGAGAGCAGGAGGGGGAUAAAGAAUGCUUCCCUUUAUUGAGAAAUAUUGCUAACAUUCCCUUUUCUCUCUGAGUCUGUCUAAUAUCUCUUAAUUUUUUUUCACAUACUCAUCGUUUCCUCUCUUAUCACACACACACACGUUCUUUUUUUUUUUUUUUCUAAAGAGAUAGUUGCACUGUGGAGGAAAUGCAGCUGAGACGGACACUAUCUACCACAAAUCUUGCCAUUAACGACAGAUCGUAAUGAUCUGUCUUUUCCUCGGUUUUGACCACCCUGCUUGCUGUUACUGUCCUUUGCUUUUACUAAAACAAACGUCUACAUUACCUACCGCCCAACUUCCAGUUUGGCUCAGCGCAUACAGUAUAAAACAUGUCAUCCUGUGGGUGCUUGGCACUCGGCCUAGCCUCACUGCAGAGAUUAAACAGGAAAAAGAGUGGGGAAGGUACUGGUAGCGCUUAAUAUUGAUGUAAACCAGCUUUGCCUGAAGAGAAGAAGAUGCUAGAAAUACCCAUCUCCUUUAAUCUGUCUGUUUUCCCAAACGUAUCUCUCCCUUUCAGCCUGCUGGUGUAAAGUAACUCUGCAUGGCAUUGUUGGAAACACCACUAAAGAUGUGAUAUGAUUCUCUAGAACUACCAGAGGAAUUCCUCUAGCUUGCUUCUCACGGCUGUAAAUAGUUAUGUGUAUUACUGUAUAUGAUGCCAAUAUUCCCCCUGCCCCUGAAAGGCAUGCUGGAGUGAUUCAUAUGGAUGUGUUGCUUUUUGGGAAAAAUAUGCUCUGAUAUCAGAACUUUGCUUACCCAGUAUAAUAACUAAAACCUUUUAAUGGCAAAAGAAUGAAGAUAAAUGUUGGAUGUAGACAAACAUAAACAAUACAAUACAAUACAAGCUAUAUAUUCUUACAGAAUAUCUUUUCAAAAGGAAGCCAAACUUUUGUUCUGAAAUGGUUUCUGUGAUCCCAAAGCUGAGGCGUACCCCUGUCUUUUACUGUCCUCACUAAUUUCCUCUCAUCUAGUCAUUAACGUGAUGUGACAAUUCAGUGCUGUAUUUAUUUUUUACUCAUUACAACUAAUGUGAAAUGAUAUUGAGGUAUUGGCAUUUCUGACCACUUUUGUAAAGAGCUGAUCUAAGUUUCAGAACUUCUGAAUUCGUGGACACCAAGCAUGAAGGAAAUAUAACCUGUAAUGUGUCUAUUUAUUGGAGCUUAACGUAGAUAACAGGGUUGCUUUGAAAUGGCUAUAAGCUGGCAUUGAAGAAAACAAACAGACUGUUGUUUGGAAAUGUACACAUCAUUAUUUAAGUUCUUUAUGAAACCAUACCAAGUACACUCACAAAGUGAAACAGGCAAAAGGAAUAAACACUGGAAACUGGAAGCCAGAGUACUCUGACACACUCACAACUUGAAUGAUAACAUGGACAAAAAAUUUUUUAUUGUGUACAUUCUGUUUUGAUUUUUUCAUCUCUUGCAUGACCUUCUGUUAUUUGCAUGUGCUGAUAAUGCACACUGUACAGGUAUUCCUGUUCUGGAGCGACACAGUGUUGUUUGGCAACCCUGUUAAACUUUUUUUUAACUCUUGUGUUUGUAUCUAACUAACGUGUAUGUGUAUAUAGAUCUCCUUAGUGGUUUGAUGUGUAUAGAUAAAGUAAUUUGGGGCUUUGUAGGUAUGUUUGCAUUGUAUAUUUGCAUUAAAUUAAAGUGGAACCGCAAUCCUCUA